AUGGGAAAGGAAGAUAGUUUUAAUUAUCUAAUCCAUAGCAACUCUUUUCUAAAGCUUGAUUUGGGAAAUAUAUUUUUGAGUAAAAUAAUUAAACAACCGGGCAGCCUUGGUCAGAUAGGAUGGCUCAGCUUAAUGCUUCCGGUUGGUGUGACAGAAAGCAGAUGGUUUAUGCAGGACAGACCGUACCAGUGUCAAGUUAACUCCACAAAGCCCUUUUACUACCAAAUGUUCUUAGUAGCAAAUCAUCAUCCUUCAUCGGCAUUUCAAAAACAUAAUUCAGGUAUUCUAGUUGGAAAUCACGUAAACCUUUUUAAUCUUAGGGGAAACGGCAAAAUACACGCUUUAUUUAAAAUACUAAGAAAUUUAGAACACCUACUUGCGAUUGAGAAAGAUGAAAAGAUGCGCGAUGAACAAUCGUAA